GUGGCGCGCUACGUAAGGGGGUGGCUCCGCCGGGACUGCGAGCUGGUGUUUACGAGGUGACUAGCUGGUUCUAUCAGAGGACGGUGCCACAUUCUGAAGGGAGCGCUCACGAGUGGGGAGGAUGCUGGUGGUGGAGGUGGCGAACGGCCGCUCCCUGGUGUGGGGGGCCGAGGCGGUGCAGGCGCUGCGAGAGCGCCUGGGAGUAGGGGGCCGCACGGUGGGCGCCCUGCCCCGCGGACCCCGCCAGAACUCGCGCCUGGGCCUCCCGCUGCUGCUGAUGCCCGAAGAGGCGCGGCUGCUGGCCGAGAUCGGCGCGGUGACCCUAGUCAGCGCCCCGCGCCCGGAUCCCCGCCAACACAGCCUGGCAUUGGCAUCCUUCAAGCGCCAGCAAGAGCAGGGCUUCCAGGAGCAAAGUGCUCUGGCAGCUGAGGCCCGUGAGACCCGUCGUCAGGAGCUCCUAGAGAAGAUUGCAGAGGGCCAGGCUGCGAAGAAGCAGAAGCUGGAACAGAAAUCAGGGACCAGCGGGAGCCAGGAGGCCGGUGGGAACCAAGCUGCAGAAGAGAACGAGGCCAGUGCUGGCCAGGCUGCUGGAGAGCGUGAGGAAGCAGGUGAAGGCUCCUCCUCUCCCCAGCCAGGGCCUUCAAAUGGGGUGGCUCCUUUGCCCAGGUCUGCUCUGCUCAUCCAGCUGGCCACUGCUAGGCCUCGGCCCAUCAAGGCUAGGCCCCUGGACUGGCGUGUCCAGUCCAAAGACUGGCCCCACGCUGGCCGUCCUGCCCACGAGCUUCGCUACAGCAUCUACAGAGACCUGUGGGAGCGAGGCUUCUUCCUCAGUGCGGCUGGCAAGUUCGGGGGCGACUUCCUGGUCUAUCCCGUGUCUUCCAGCUCCCUGCCACUGGAAACUGCUACCUGCCUCUCUCCUUCACCCAGGCGACCCGCUCCGUUUCCACGCUCACUACAUCGCUCAGUGCUGGGCUCCCGGGGACCCCAUCCCACUCCAGGACCUGGUUUCUGCUGGCCGCCUCGGCACCAGUGUCAGAAAGACACUGCUGCUUUGCUCUCCGCAGCCUGAUGGUAAGGUGGUCUACACAUCCCUGCAGUGGGCCAGCCUGCAGUGAACUCCAGAGACCUGUGGGCACGUGGCUGUGUCCUUGGCAAGAGCCUUUCUAGAUGGUCCCAGGCUCAUCUCCAAGUGGGAGGCUCGACCACCCUCCUGACUCUCUCGGCAGUUAGUUUUUGAUUCCAGAUUUAUAAACACUACAUCCUUCUCAUGUCCCUCCCUGAUUCCAAGCACUUAGUGGCUGUGUUGUUUUUAUAGUUACCUAUUUCAAAUCGUGAGUUUCUUGAGUGUGAAAGCUGAUUCAUCUCUGUUUUCUACAGGGCUUAGGUCCCAAGAGGUCUCAAUAAACUUGUUGAAUAAA